AACUAGAAGCAGCAUCCCGAAAUAUACCUACGUCUCAUUCCCGCACAGUAUCCCGUCCUAUUUCAACAGGUUUCGCCUUUCAGCAAUUGCAGUGUGGAAAGCGUGCCUCUAGUAACCGAGCACAAAUAGUACGAAGAACACACGUCGCCUUGGAAAACUGAAAACACAGUUUCACUGACAGCUUCGGAAUCACCUGACAUUCACCGCUGUCCUACGUAGUGCACCGCGUCUCAUUCUAGUGAAAUGGGCCGACAAAGAUACAUAUAACUAUUUAUAAAUGCAUAAUCUGUAGCGACGUGUGUUCAGUGAACGGCUCGGCGAGCUUGUGGAAAUCUCGCGUCCCGCGUUUCAGUGCUCCGAGUUCACGUGUUAAACAUGAGAACCGUCAAACAUUUGACUGUGCCACAAACGAUCAAAUAGUCACUGUGCACAAUGCAAAUUUACCAUAAACGUGAGAUUUAAGUGAUGUAACGGUAAAUUGAGAUGGAAUUUUUAGUGUUUACCCCAAGAGACACGAGUUAGCACGAUGUAAAUUGAAUGUAUCAAUGUUUACCUCUUCAGUGUUGUGAAUGACUGUUAGUAUAAAUAAUUAGAUAAAUUUUUUUCAAGUGACGAAGCAUGUAGGCGACGGAUAUAGAAGAAAGGACAGCCUUUCUAUGUAGCAGACUAUGUAGAAAGAUCAACAAUGGUUGUGAUAAUAUAAAAAGAAACAUGCGGUUUGCGUUUGAUUCUGUCCCUACUCCGCUCAUGUAAAGACUUAAUAUCAAUAAAAUCUGGUUGUAAUUUUCUCAUAAGUUGUGAUUAAAUAUUAGGAUGCAAAUAUAUUUAUGUAUUAUCGGUGGGUAGCUGUAUUAAUGUAUAUAUUAGGUACCUGUUUUCCAUUACAUCCGUUGACAUAAAUGUUGUCUCCGUUACGUUUGGAACUUACUUUGCCUCUAUAAUUUCCCAUGAGGUUGUGAAUACUACAAUAAAAGAACUGAAAGCAAAAACUUCGAGGUUCUAUUAUCAUUCAGAUGUGGAUACGCCACAUAAAGGUGGUUGUUUACAUUAUAAAGUGAUAGUGGAAAUACUUGGACAUAUUCGAGUGGUGGUUAGUGUUCGAGAGUGGAGCUGAUUGCGUUUUCAUUAUUAAGAAUGAGCUGGUAACCAGAUUGGUGUAGCGGCGACGCCCAUGUUGUGAUGGCUGCAGUUAAUUCGGUGCAGUCGACGCGGCUACCCCUGCCGACGUUUUCGCCGCGCGCGGUACUGAUGUACAGCGCGGCGGUAGGCGGCGAGGGUGCUGUCGCUCUGCAGCUGCGGGAGGCAGCGCCGGGGGAACUGGACGCAGCGCGAUUGCACGACGAUCGGCUCGCCAUCACCUGCAAUGAGCCCGAACUGCUCGCUGACUUGCUUCAUGCAGCCGCUGACAUCGAUGGUGAGCACGACGGGCUGACAGCGCUACUCGGGGCUGCCUCUCCAGACUUGGCGCUAGCAUCUGAUGCUUCUGACAGCCUUCCACUGCCAGACCCUGAGAAUGACUGCACAACAUCAUCAUCAUCUAAUGGCGUUGUAAGCGGUAUCACACGAGUCUCAGUAGCGGUGACGGGUCUGGAUUCGCGGCCGUCAAUAUCUGCCAAAAAAGUGAGGCCGAAACCUGCCUCCCCAAACCGACAAGGCCCGCAACAGUGUCAAGUGUGCAACAAGAUCUUCGGCAACGCGUCGGCACUGGCAAAACAUAAGCUAACACACAGCGACGAACGCAAAUAUGUAUGCAUCACAUGCGCCAAAGCGUUCAAGAGGCAGGACCAUCUCAACGGACACAUGCUCACCCACCGCAACAAGAAACCAUACGAGUGCAAAGCAGAUGGCUGCGGGAAGUCGUAUUGCGAUGCGCGGUCACUAAGGCGGCAUACAGAAAAUCAUCAUCAACCCUCAGCCGACACUGGUACAAGCAACACAACGAAUGGUACCAGCAGUACCGACCGCGACUCAAACUCACAUCGUGUCGCCUCGCCGACUUCACCAGCACGCAGCAACCCUCCACAUUCUGAAUCAAGCAACUCCGGUUCUGAGAAAUCAAAUGGCACAAGCGCAGGCGGUAGUGGAAGCGGUGGCGGAAGCGAUAGCAGCCCGCCGUGUACACCUCCCGCGCCCCCCACUCCACCAUCUCGGCCUAAGUCCAGUAAAGCUAGUAGCACCAAGCCCAAAUCGAGUAAUUCGGCGCAGCAAAAUCAAAAAUCCGGGAGUGGCAACAGUGCUAGCGGAACAUCGAGUGCAGCGAGCGGGUCCGCUGCUACAGCGCGAGCUAGUGAUGUUAAACCAGUUGAAUGUAAUCUCUGCCAUCGCAAGUUUAAAAACAUACCUGCUCUCAAUGGACAUAUGCGCUUACACGGAGGUUACUUCAAGAAGGAUUCUGACAACAAAAAAUUGGAUAAAAAGGAAUCGACAGGGCCACCAUUACAAACUGCCUCAGUAUCGGUACGAGCUCUUAUUGAAGAAAAAAUCAUUAGUCGCCGAGGGGCCACAGCAACUUCAACGCCUACAAGUGGAACUACGGAUACAGUAACUUCCCGCACCGGGUUCGUAGCGCCUGCUCCACCUCCACUAUCAACAAUUCGCGCCUCCACGGCAUCACCCGCAUCACCUGCUGCAACAACCGGUCAAUUUGUCUCACCACGCGCACCGCCCGUUGUUACUGUUGCAACUAACGUCACUGCCAACAUGACAACAGCUCAAAGAGACUCAACUCUAAUUGAAUUAUUAAAGAAAGGAAGCACAAAGGUUGUCAAACGCUCAGCUUCAGAUCCAGGGCAAUCAUCGCCACAGCAAGAAUUCACUUUCCGCCCAGAAUUAUUUGGUGUAUCCUUUAACUCUGAUGAUGGGUAUUUUUCACCAGCUCUCAACGAUGAUACUUUCCAAUUCACCACAACACCUGAGCAACUAGAAGAGCUCGCUUCAUUAGAAGAUUAUGCAACAGUAGCUGCAUCGAUACGUGAACGUUCACCAAUUACCUUCCCAUCUAGUAGAAGACUAGCUGCAGUAUUAAAUUCACCUCUACCCGAAUCAUUAGCAGAUUUUGGUGCUUGUCAUGGUGGAUCUCCAGUACCCUCACCAGGCAUCGCAUAUUCGGCCACUUCUCCAGGAUUAUCGUACACAACAGGCGAUUCUCCGGGAUUAGCAUACACAGCUGCGUCACCAGUUGGAAGUUACUCCACACAACCGGAACCAUCGCCUGGAUUAGCUUAUCCAACGCCUCCCGCAUCUCAUGACGCUCAAUCACCUGCGCAUACAGCGCCAAGAGCAUCUUCGCCAUUAUCAGCUGCCUUCUUUACUGCUACAAUGUCUAGCCAAGAAGAGGUCGAAGAAGCUUUAGAGGAAGUAUUACCUGAAGAAUGUCGUUCACUUGAUGCUUACGCUUUGGAACCUUCGCCAACUCCACGACGUAUCAUGCUGAACUCAGAAGAUCCGCUUCUAUCUAGUAGUCCACGCGACUUCUCACAUCAGAGGCCUGCGCGUCGUCAUAACCGAAUGACUACUUCUACAAUAUCGACUUCCAUGCAUCAAUGGCAACACGAUACAUCAUCCCUUCAAGUAUGUGUGGAAGGUCGUGACACAGUGCCUGCAGUUUUUCUGAGUCCAAACAGUGUUCCUGCAUCGCCUCAGCGUCGCAAACGACGAGCAUCACCAGCUGGACCAUAUCGUUCGCGUAUGCGGCGAACUGUCAACCAUUUUACACCCCAACCUAUUCUACCACCUGAACGUGAUGGUUCUGGUUUACUAACAGAAAUAAUCGCUGGCCUACCAACACCAGAAUCUGACGUUUUAUCACAUUUGGAUGAACCACGACAGCCACAAAUCAACAUUGGACGGGACCAUCAAGCAGAAAUACCCGAAUUAUAUAACGACCGUGUUGACCUCCAUCGAGGUCCUGAACAACUUCUCUGGGACCCUGGUAUCAACGAUUGUUUAGACGACAAUGAAGUACGCAUGUUUAUGGAGUUAGCAAUGUGCGCCGCUAUGCCCGUAGGAGGACACACACGGGAAUUCGCUCUACAAACAUUAGGUGAAUGCGGGGGCGACAUAAGGGCAGCAACGUUACGCCUAAUGUCACGACCUGCAGCACCUACGCAGCACGAAUCCCGAUGGGCACCUGAUGAAGUUGAAGCCUUCUUAGCUGGACUAGGCCACUACGAUAAAGACUUUUACAGAAUUGCACAACUAGUACGGACAAAAGAUUCGAAGCAAUGCAUACAGUUCUAUUAUUUCUGGAAGAAGGUGACCAAAGACUACAAAACCAUGUAUUUGCGGAGCUGGAUCGCGGAAAACCAGACGUCAACACAAGGUACAGUAGGCCAAGUUUCGACGCACACCACAGCUUCAUGUACAUCAUCGCCGACAUCAUUCGAAGGCGAGGAGUUCCCUUGCAAGAUCUGCGGGAAAGUAUUUAACAAAGUAAAAAGUCGUAGCGCGCACAUGAAGUCGCAUCGGCCACUAGACGCUGAGGCCAAACGGCCAAAACUCGAAAAGCCUUAUGAAAAGGUCGAGAGAUCUGAUGAGAGGCCCUACGCGACAGCUGAUUACCAAAGCAAACUGCCCGCACAGUAACCGACUUCUCACUCACUCAUUCCACCCACGCACUUCUGUGACCCCCUCACCACUCGACUAAUCGAAAUAGACAGUAAUCACUAUCUAUCCGCGUGCUCAGUGUUCAGCUUUAUAAGCGUUAGCGGACGACCGCGCGGUCGCCGCCUGCCUACAUUUGCGCCCCGCCCUCACCAAAACAUUCAAGAGUGAAUCGCUUGGAAUCGGACAAAAUGCUGAAUCGUUUAAGCAUUUACUAUGAUUACAAAAUAGAUUUAUAGAUUAAAAUUAAAGUGAUCUAGAAGAGAGCGACGUAGUGACUAGUAGCUAGAAGAAGUUAGCUUUUGGGUAUACUGACGGAUAUUAGACAAAAAAGUACUAAUUGUUUCGAAAUUCUCGUAAUGCUAAGCUUGAAGAGAGCGCAUAAAGAUAUUUUGUAUACCUAACGAUUGAUACAUAGAUAGAUAGGUAGUUCUUCGUAAAGUUUUUAUAUGACAGACUUCUUAAUGUGACUUGCAAGUGUGAUGUUGUAAAUAAAGAUAAAUCAGUAGUUCGUUGUUAACGCUACGGUUCAGAUGGGCGAGGUCUACUCGAUAUAUUGGUCUAUAUAAGUAUUACAACUAUAUAGUUAUCUACGUGUGAUACAUAUAACGUGUAGUAACUACACUACCUCGUUUCUAUUUUAUUGUGAGCUCAGCUCACUAUUUAUACAUUUGCUUGUUUGCUCAUUAACGUGUUGUUAUUUUGUAGUUUUCUUUUUUAUUAUUUCACUUUUCUAGAUAAAUUUUAAUGCGCACUUCAAAUUCAAGCGUGGAAACUGUUGUAAGUAGAUAAUGAUUUGUUAUGUAUACGGAAAUCGAAUCAUUUUCCGUACCCACUAGUCACAUAUCGAUGUUAUUUGUAUUGCACAGAAAUUAGAUAAAUUAUCUGAGACGAAAACUUCUGUGAAUUUAAAGGUUCCAGUCGGGUGAUGCGAUCACAAAAAUACUCAUUUUAUUAUGAUAUCAUCGUAUUAAAUCAUCUAAGAGCCUGUACACACACAUUAUAGCUCUAUCACUAAGUUCCGAAAUAUUGUCCAAUAAAAAUAUAAAAAGAGUGCAUCUUCACGUAUUCUCAGUGGGAAAUACUUCUGACUUGACUAUAAUGACGACAGACUGUGACAGCUCUUGUAACAAACAUCUCUCUUUAGAACUUAAUUUAUUUUUGUAUUUUGCAAAUAAUACUUAUUAAUGCCAUGCUAUAUUUAGCUAUCUACUUAUACAAAGAAAUUGCAGUACCUAAAUAAAAUUUAUGUAGUGCUUAAUAUAACAAUACUUAUAAUAGAAAUUCAUACAUAAAUAAUAAGAAAAAUAUUUAUUUAUCCGUCCGAAUGAAUACAUAAUUUAAAAUUUACACAAAUUCUGGUUCCAGUACGAAUAGGUACAGAAUGAUCGUUAAAUAGUGCAGGCAUCUACUUAUCUAUUUAUUCUUUAUAAAUAUUUAUUAUAGACUCAAAGUUACGCUUAUAAGGAUUAGUCUUACAAGAGCUGCCUAAAAUAUUAAAAAAUUCCACUGGAACCGACAAUUUCACAGAAGUAUACAAAAUAACAAAAUGGAGGGAUAAUAUUUUUUUACACAAAUAUUAUUGAAAUGCUCAAAUAUUCUAUAUUUUAUGUUGGUAAUAUUAUUAUCUAGUUCCUUGUUGAUUGUUCUGAAUAUGCUAUUAUUUGAUACUUAAAUGUAGAUUAAUUUUUGAAUGUACAUUUAUUUCUAUAUAAUUAUAUAUCUAUUUAUUAAAUGUGAACUAAAUGUGUACCUACGUGUUGUGAUAUAUGUACGGUUUAUUAAUUCAACGUAAUCUGUCUAUGAUUUGAAUGAAACGUACUCACUGUUGAGCAAUAAACGUGAUUGCUCAAGUGUAUCUUCUAUUACAAGUAGGUAAGUACCUAAUAACUACAUUCGGCUCAUUAGCUACUAACAUUUUUUAAAAGUCACCUCCUCUCUUUCUAUCACGUUCGAAAUAUCGAAUAGAUAGAAAAGAAAUGGUGAUUUUCAUAAGAUUUAAUUUUAAAGAAUGUUUGGAAGCAAAAGAUCCCAAUGUACUGUUCCACUGCGCCCAAAUUCAUUCAUCUCUCAUGUGACAAAUAUUUCGCGGUUGUGAUGUUUUAAAUCCGACUCAUUUAUUGUCUUCCGACAUAGCUAUGUGUACUUAUUAAUUUUGGGGCAGUAUUCCUUGAAAAAGACAUGUUAUUUAAUACCCUUUAUUGUUUAAUGUUAUUAACAAAUCCCUUUUAAGAUUAACAUUUAAAUAAAGCGAGGUAAAAGCGUGUGACGCUGUCAGUAUUAUGAUUGUAGAACCAAUGGUUCAUUGAAAAAAAUAUUGUAAAUGUGAACAACAUAUUGAGAAAAAGACAACAGCUGUAAGUAAAACUGUAAAAUAAUUAUAACUAAUUAAUUCUUCGGUUGUGCACUUAAAAGGGCUCCUUAAAGCUAACUACAUCCUGUCAAAUUCCACUAAAAUUAUUUUCCAUAUUAAACACGAAAAGUAUGAAAUUUGUGUUAAAAAAAAAUAAAUCCUACAUACAAAAUAUUAAAAUUUAUUCGUAACACAAAUGUUGCCAGUAAGUAGCCCUUCUUAACACGUCACAACGAUUAAUCUCGUUAGUUCUGAAUACGUAUUUCAAGUCCGUCUCAAUAUGUUGUGACAUUAUUUUAUCUUGUAAUGCAUUAUAUAAAAAAUAUUUAUUAUUCUUCUAAAAUAUGUUCUUACGACGUGAUUCGUUUUCCUUCCAUGAGUACCUGAACAGACUUCUGCUAAUUGACACUUGAAUUUUCUUUAGUGUCACAAAACUGCUCUAGAUUUUAAUACGUGUAAGAAUAAUGCCAAAGUUAAAUGCUAUGAAACUAUUCGUACAUCACUAACUUGUGUGAUUAUUUGGUUGUGUUCUAUCUUAACAUUUAACAUUUGUAGUAAAAUUUUUCUAACGGUAAAAAUAUAUAUUAAUUUAUCAAAUCGCCAAAAAAAUAUUGCCAAAGCUGUUGUAAAAAUUACGCCAUUUAGAUGAGAAAUAAUGAUAAAACGUUGGCCCAUUAGAAAAAUUUAGAUCAUUGCUUUAGGUUAAUUAAGCGAAAGCUUCAAUUGUAAACCCCAAUAAAAUGUAUAAGUGCACGAACUAAGUAAUGCGAAGGAGUGCCAUUUAGUUUAAAAUAAUAAAAUGACGUUUCAAUUAUUCAAAUAUAGCUCUAUCAUAUUCGUAAAUCGCUUAAACUUAUUUGACAACAUCAGAGCAUACAAAUUUAUUUUCAUAAUGUAAUAAAAUUUAGUCAUAACUUACAACUUAUUGUGUAAAUAUUAAAUAUAUUUUCAAAUUAACUUUAUUGUACCGGAGAUAGUUCUAUUUCAUAAAUAACAAUUUAUUAAAGACAAGUCCCUCCAGAGAUAAUUUGUAACAUUACUCUAGCUAUUAAGACUGAAAGGUACUCUCUAAAUUCUGUAACUAAUGUUGAUUUGUUUAAUGUUAUAUCCUAUUCUGUUAUUAGUUUAUCGUUUAUUAGUAUAGUAUCAUGACGUCACUAACCCAUUCCAUGUGCCAAAUCGUCAUACUAGUCAGGGUAUAGCUUUAUAAAUUAUGCCCUAAUUAAUUUAACCAAAUAUACCUAAUAAAUAGCGAGAGAUCAAUGUGUAGAGUGCGCGCUCGAUCGUCGGGCGUGUCCCUUAGAUUUCAUUAGGAAAUAACUGCUGUAACGUAUAUAAAAAAAUAAUAUUCACACAAACACUAAAUUAAAUUGUAAAAUAAGAUCGAAAAUUAAACAAUCUUAUUUCAACUUAAAUAUAGAAGUGCCUUACAAUUUUAGUUUUUAUACUUACUGUUUUGUUUUGUCGAAAUGUAACGUCGUAAGCUCUGGAAAUUGCAUUUAUUUGAAAUUCACUAUCUGCUCUGCCCGUUCAGAACCGAUACAAUGUGAAUCAGAUUUUAUUUCAUUACUUAUGUAAGAGAUAUUUUUCAGAAGUAUUAUAAACUUAACCUUCAACGGUUAUUUUAAAUUAAAUAUCAUGUACUUAUAAGUAAUUACAUAAAUUAAUGAAAAAAAUGUCUACCCUUUUUAAUUAUUUAUCAAUAAUAUAAUAAACUGAACGAUAAUCGAACUACAACCAAAAAACAAGUCAAUUGUACGAAAUUUCUAUGGUGUAAGAAGAGAAAAAAUUUACUUAAAUACAAAUAAUGUAAUGUAAUUUAACAGCAGAAGGAUACAGCGAUGUUUAUGUACGUAAUCUCCCUUACGUUCGCUUACUACAUCUAAUUUCCCGCAGUCCCGUUAUGGCACAUAGUGUAAAUGUAAGUACUUCUGUAUUUGUGUCAACACUUAAGAUGUGAAAAUAUGUUACUAUAGUAUUAAUAUUUUGUAAGUCUAAAUGGAUAUUAUAUUCUUCUAAUUUUGUAUCGAAUAAAGAGUGUAGGCACAGGCGAGCGACAGAGCGUCGGCGCCCCUCCACUUCGAUGUACUUAACGUACCUAAUACGUAUUGAACUUGUAUGAUACUGUAGACGGUAACAUGCGUGCCAACAGCACGAUAAUUGAUAUUACACUCUGUGUUGUGAUUUUGAACGUUCUGUAAAUUACAAAAGUCUUUGAAAUACUAUGGAAACAUUUGUAGACACCUCUUUAGAUUAGCACAAUUCUUCGCGUAGACACGUUAGAUCAAAAAUUACUAAGCAAGUAGAUUAAACAUUGAUAUAGGUAAUCAUUGGAAGGUGUAAGUGUGCGUAUGAAUAGAUUCAUUGUUAUAUAUUCGAUCAAUGUGAUUCGUAAGAACAACGAGUAACUCGAGCCUGUCCCCUCCCCCGCUGGGCGACUCUUCACAACUUCGCAUAUCCUUGAAACAAUAAGUAAUAAAAUAAAACUCUAUUAUAUAUAUAUUGAUAAAUUUAUUAGGGUAACUAAUUUUUUAAGACAAUGACUAUUACGUGAUCUUUUAGAUUGUCUUUAUUAAUAAAUAUAUGGUGAAGGUUUUGUCAA